AUGUCAGCAACAGGUGCCCCAUCACAAGAGUUUGUCAGACUCAAUAAUAUCCUCGUGGACACUUAUGUUAAACAUCAGGAUGAGAUCAAGAAGCUAACGGCAUCAAUCGAUCACAUUACAAAGGAGAAACAGUUGUUGACGAGGAAGUAUGACUCGUUGUUAAAGUCAUCCCAGGAUGCUGGUCUGACACUGCCCGAGCCCGAGCCAACUCCAGUCGACGAGGAAGUGGUCGAGGAGCAGACGCCAGUGUCGCAGCCACCCACCGCCACCUCCACCACCAACAACAGUAGCAGCAGUACCGACCCCGCUGAUGCCCAAGAGAUCGCCGCUGUACUCGACACACUCAAGAAGGAGUUGAAGGAGCGUGAUGCCGCACUGGCUGACGCCAACAACAAGUUGGCCAUCUCCACUCAUGAGAUUGAUCGUUUGAACUAUGACAUCAAGAAGAUUCAGGAGCAGCAGCAACAGGGCAGUGACAACACGGACACCAACAAUGAGAUUAUUGCCUCGCUCAAACUUAAGGAGGAGCAGUUGGUGCAGCAGAACCAAGGUCUACAGGCUGCCCUGGACGAGCAGAACCAGCUAUCACUCAAACUGCGCGAGCAGUUUGUUGGCGAACGCGAUACUCUCAACAAGAAGUUGGAGGCCUUCCAGUCAGAGGCGUCAAAGUCCGAUCUGCUGCACCAGGAGCUGGAGUUGCUUCACGCACGCAUCGAGGAGAAGGAGGAGGAGAUAAAGAAACUGGGCCAGACGAUCGCCGAUCUCGAGACUGAGUGUCGCGAGCUCCAAGACAGGAUCCAACAGAACACCAGUGGCUUCAAGGACAAACUGGACGAGCUGCAGCAGUCCAAGCAAGAGGAGCUGCAACAGCUCACACAGCAACUCAAUGAGUUGCAGUUGGCCAACAAGGACCUGGCUGACAAGGCUUCCCAGGGCGAGGGUCAAGGCGAGCAGGUCUCCAGCUUGCAGGAACAGGUCACUCAGCUGCAGAGCGAAAACAAGCAGUUGUCGACCAAGAUCGACGAGGCUGUGCAGGCUGCCGCACAAGAGCAGGCCGCGUUGGUCACUGGCCUCCAGGAGCAGGUCACUCAGCUACAAAACGAGAACAAGCAGUUGUCGACCAAGGUCGAUGAGUCUGUCCAGGCUGCCGCGCAGGAGCAGAGUAAGCUUGGCGAGUUGGAGCAUGGAAAAAGCGAGCUCGAGGCAAGACUGGCCACAUUGGAACAAGAGAACAGCGAGCUUAAGCAACAAGCUAGCCAAAGUGGACAGCAGCAGACCGAUGCGUUGCAGCAGUUGGAGCAGACAAACAAUGCACUGGUGGCCAAGCUGGCCGAACAGGGUGGCGAGCAGGUUGCCAAGCUGCAGGAGCUCCAGACCCUGGUGGAAACGGCCACCAAGACUGAGGCUGAGCUGCAGGCUAAUAUCGUCGCGCUCAAUGAGGACAACAACAAGCUGCGCGAGCAAUCGGAUUUCUUGCUCGAAGAGAACAAGUCGCGUGGCGAUGGCAUUGCCAAGCUGGAGCAGGACAACAAGGCACUACAGGACAAGUUGAGCGCGCUACAGGGUGCUGAGGGCCAACAACAGGCCGUCGUUGCCAACCUCAAUAAUCAAGUGAGCCAACUGAUGGCCCAGUUGAACGAACAGGAUGGUGUCAGGACACGCCAGACUGAAGAGCUGGCCAAGAUUGAAGAGGAGAAGGAUCAUCAACUGCAGCUCGUUGCCAAGCUGCAGGAGAAGCUGAAGGAGUUGCUCGAGAAGCAGGAGCUCCACGAGAAGGAGUCGCAAGACAAGAUCACCGCGCUCAAGUCUGAGAAUUCAUCAUUGCAAGCGACCGUCACAAAGCUCGAGUCAGAGCAACAGCAGGCUCAAAAUAGCCACGAGGAUGUCAAGCACAGCGAAAGCGAGACCAUCAUCGCGACCAACACUGAGGUCAAUGAAGUGGAACAACCCCAAGAGAGCAAGACAGAGACAACCACCAACGAGGAACAGGCAGGCGAGCAGCCAGCCGAGUCUGAGGAAGUGGCCACGUUGGAGGAGGACGAACAGACAUUUUAG